AUGUCGGGUCCGGCGUGGACGUCUUCUGGGCCAAGCUCUGCGGUAGCUGGCGGCAGCCGUCUACCUGCGGUCCACAAUGCUAAGGCCACAUGGAGCUUUCUCGAACCCGGCAUCGAUCUUAUGAUGACCCGUCUGAAGGAGGGAAUGACGUAUCCUCGUUAUAUGGAACUCUACACCGUCGCCUACAAUCACUUCACCUCGUCCUCACUUGCUUCCUCAUCCACCGCUCUUGGGCGUUCUUCAGGGCCAUUCGGCUCCAAAGGUGGCACCAACCUAGUCGGUGCUGAGCUCUACAACCACCUUACCGCAUACUUUCGUACACAUCUCGAGCAAGUUCGUACUGGCUCCGACGGUCUCACCGAAGAGCCACUGCUCCGAUAUUACGCCACUGAGUGGGACCGCUACACCACGGGUGCCAACUUUGUUCAUCGCCUCUUCGCCUACCUCAACCGACACUGGGUCAAGCGCGAAAAGGACGAAGGUCGCAAGUAUGUCUAUACCGUCUACAUCCUUGCUCUCGUCCAGUGGAAGGAGCACAUGUUCCGAUACGUUCAGCAGAAGGGGCGUUUGGUACAGGCGUUGCUAAAACAGAUUGAGAAGCAGCGCAAUGGAGAGGUCAUUGAAGCCUCGCUCGUCAAGAAGGUAGUCGACUCGCUCGUAUCUCUUGGUCUCGAUGAGACCGACACCAACCGACAGAACCUCGACGUCUACCGACAAGAGUUCGAAAAGCCUUUCAUCGAGGCUACCGAGGUCUACUACACAGCCGAAUCGGACGCCUUUGUGUCGCAGAACACCGCAACCGACUACAUGAAGAAGGCAGAGAUCAGACUCAAGGAGGAGGAAGACCGUGUCGAGCUCUAUCUUCAUGCAUCUACACGUACCAAGCUCGUUCCUACUUGCGACAACGUCUUGGUGCGACGCCACUCGAACAUGCUUUGGGACGAGUUCCAGCAGCUUCUCGACUUGGAGCAGGCGGACGAUCUUUUCCGCAUCUACACUUUGCUGUCUCGCAUCCCAGAAGGUCUCGAGCCAUUACGUCAGAAGUUCGAGGCUCACGUUAAGCGCGUUGGUCUGGCUGCAGUCGAGAAGGUUGUUGGUGUUGGAGCUGCCAAUGCUACUGCUGCUACCAACGGUGCACCUGCAGGCCCUUCUUCGGCAGCAGCCGCACCACCUGCUUCAGCAGCGAGCGACUCGCUCGACCCAGAUGCAUACGUCUCGGCACUUCUCGACGCUCACCGCAGCAACCUCAACACGGUCAACGUUGCCUUCCGUGGCGAAGCAGGCUUCCUCGCAGCGCUCGACAAAGCUUGCCGUGACUUCGUCAAUCGUAACAAAGCCACUGGGACCUCCACAUCCAAGUCUCCCGAGCUUCUCGCGAAGCAUACAGACGCUCUGCUCAAGAAGUCCAACAAGACUUCCGCAGAGAACUCGCUCGAAGAGGCUCUGACAGACGUCAUGCUCGUCUUCAAGUACAUUGAGGACAAGGAUGUCUUCCAGAAGUUCUACUCCAAGAUGCUUGCUAAGCGUCUUGUCAACUUUGCCUCUGCCUCAGAUGAUGCCGAGGCCAACAUGAUCUCACGGCUGAAAGAGGCGUGUGGUUACGAAUACACAGCCAAGUUGGCGAGAAUGUUUACGGAUAUGGGUUUGAGCAAGGAGCUUAACGACAACUUCAGGGAGACGAUGGCGAAGAACCACGACAAGGCAGAGUUGGACGUUGACUUCUACGCACUGGUGUUGGCGAAUGGUUUCUGGCCAUUGCAAGCGCCAACGACAGAGUUCAGUAUCCCGACUGAAUUGUUGCCGACUUACGAGCGAUUCCAGAGGCAUUACUCUGCAAAGCACUCGGGAAGGAAACUUACAUGGUUGUGGCAGUUGAGCAAGAACGAAGUUCGAGCCAAUUACCUUCAGCAGAAGCAAUUGCAGUUCCAAACUUCCACCUUCCAAACCGCCGUCCUACUGCAAUUCAACACCAACGACUCUCUCACGCAAGCUCAACUACAACAAGCGACCGGACUCAACGAUGCCACUAUCAAACCAGUCCUUGCCAUGCUAUCCAAAGCGAAAGUCCUCCAACCCUCGUCUUCUGACGAAGAUGCAUUUGAGCUCAACCCCAACUUCAGAUCGAAGAAAUUGCGGGUUAAUCUCAAUCUUCCGAUCAAAUCCGAACAGAGGGUGGAGUCGAAUGAUGUACUUAAGACGGUGGAUGAAGAUCGUAGGUUGUUGUUGCAAGCGACGAUUGUUAGGAUCAUGAAGAGUAGGAAACAGAUGAAACAUCAGAAUUUGAUUCAGGAGACCGUUGCACAGGUCUCGGGUAGGUUUACGCCUAGGAUUCCAGAUAUUAAGAAGGCGAUUGAUCAACUGAUUGACAAAGAGUAUCUCGAACGAGUCGAGGGGCAGAAGGAUAUGUAUUCCUACCUGGCUUGA